CACACACAAAGCACGGGCACCGCUAUGGAAGGACAGACAUACACACAUUCAAUCACCCUCCCCAGAACAGUCCAUCUCCCUCCCUCCAAGCUCCUAACAGUGCUCUCACAUCCCCUUCCCCCCGUCCGACUGAUCCUCCCUUCUCUUUCCUUUCCUUCCCUUCUCUUCUUUUCCCUUCCCUUCCCUUCCCUUCCCUUCCCUCCUCCUACUCCCCCUCUAGGGGCCUUCCACCUUUUGCCCUGGCUCCUCCCUCUAUGGCUCCCUAGCGCCCCUCCCUUCUAGUCCCCCAUGCCCUUCCUCCCCAGCUCUCCUCCUUCCCUCCCCCUUUUCUUUCCCUCCUCCUUUCUCCCCUCCUCCCUUCUCCCCCUCUUCCCUUUUCUCUCCCCCUCCCAUCUCCUCCCCCCCCAUCCCUUCUCCCAUUUACCAUCGCCUAUUCUAGGUCCUCUUAUUACCUCUCCCCCAAUAAUUCCCUUCCCCGUCUAGGUCCUCCAUGCCCCUAACACCAUCCCUAACCCCCUGCCCCUCCCCUUGGAGUGCCUAACCCUCUUUUCCUUCCUCUUCAGGCUCUAAGCCCCUGCCCCCCUUCUCCCUCCCCAUCUCUCCGGUUUGCCCCUCCCCUCCCCUUCAUGUCCCUAACCCCCUGCCCCUUCCCUUUAACUCUCUAACCCCCCCCCCACCCUCCGCCGCUCCCCUCCCCUCCUUGGACUUCUUUCCCUCCCCCUCCUCGCUUCUUCCCCUCCCUCUUCGCCGUGACUCUCCCUCUCCCGUCUCGGGGAAGUUUCAGAGCCAUCAGUCUGUCCGUCUGUAUGUCCGUCGGUGGGUCCGCAGCAGAGCUGCAGGCAGCAGGCGCCAUUGUGCGCGGAGCGGAGGGGAGCGGGGAACCCCGGACGCCUGGGUCCGGGGAACGUCUGCUCGCGGCUGUCCCGCCAGGUCAGCCAGAGAUGGCCCCACAAAUUGAAUCAGGGGACAGGCCCCAUGAUGGCCAGGAACAGACAGCCCCUCCAGGGGGAGAAGGGCCCCCAGGUGCAUACUCAGGGACCCUGAUUCCCAAACCUGAAGAUGUUUUCCAAAAUGAACAAGGGGAAGAACAAAGCACUGCAGAACUAGGAGGUGGACUCCAAAAAACAGAGCCUGAGGGCUCCUGCCCAGAAGACUGGAUGAUCCGAAAGGUGAAGGUGGAGGAUGAGGACCCGGGAGAGGAAGAGGAGGUUGCAUGGCCCCAACACCUCCCCCAGUUACUUCCAAGCGGCCCCUUCCUGCCCGCCGACCUCGGACCUCUGGCGGCCGUGGCCACAGCCUGUAAACUGGAGCCUGGCGCCCCAGGGCCUCUGAGUGGGCUGGCUCUAGCAUCCUGGCCCCAGGUCCUGGAGAAACCCUACGGCUGCGGCGAGUGCGAGCGGCGCUUCCGGGACCAGCUGACGCUUCGGCUACACCAGAGGCUGCACCGGGGCGAAGGUCCGUGUGCCUGCCCAGACUGCGGCCGCAGCUUCUCGCAGCGCACCCACCUGCUGGCCCACCUGCGCAGCCACCGGGGCGAGCGUCCCUUUCCGUGCCCAGAAUGUGGGAAGCGCUUUAGCAAGAAGGCCCACCUGACCCGCCAUCUCCGCACGCAUACCGGGGAGAGGCCUUACCCGUGCGAGGAGUGCGGGAAGCGCUUCAGCCAGAAGAUUCACCUGGGCUCCCACCAGAAAACGCACACCGGAGAGAGGCCCUUCCCCUGCGCCGAGUGUGAAAAGCGUUUUCGCAAGAAAACGCACCUGAUCCGUCACCAGCGCAUCCACACGGGUGAGCGACCAUACCAGUGCACCGAAUGCGGCCGCAGCUUCACGCACAAGCAGCACCUGGUGCGCCACCGGCGCGUGCAUGCGGCAGGCCCUGCCCCGCCGCCACCCCCGCAGCCGCCGAGCACGGAUCCCCUGGGCCAGGAGGCGCCCGCAGACCCUUCGGGACCCAAGGCCUUCGCCUGCGCAGACUGUGGAAAGGACUUCGGCUGGAAGAAGAACCUGGCCUCGCACCAGCGGGUACACCGCGGGAGCCGCCCCUUCGGGUUCUCCGAGCGCGCGCGGGGCCAGGGAGAGCGGCGCCCGGCGGGAGCCGCGGCGGCGGCCCACGCAGCCGUCAAGGCCUUUGCCUGCACUCACUGCGGGAAAAGCUUCAGCCAGCGUACGGGGCUGGUGGCUCACCAGCGGACCCACGCCGGCGAGCGGCCCUUCCGCUGUCCAGACUGCGGGCGCGGCUUCUCCCACGGGCAGCACCUGACAAGGCACCGGCGCGUGCACACGGGCGAACGUCCCUUUGCCUGCACCCAGUGCGGCCGUCGCUUCGGCUCCCGGCCCAAUCUCGCCGCUCACACCAAGGUGCACAGCGGCGCUCGGCCCUUUGCCUGCGCCCAGUGCGGUCGGGGCUUUAGCCGCAAGUCACAUCUGGGCCGCCAUCAGGCAGUGCACACUGGGAGCCGCCCCCACGCCUGCACCGUCUGCUCUCGCUGCUUCAGUUCUAAGACCAAUCUGAUCCGCCAUCAGGCGGUCCACACGGGCUCCCGCCCCUUCCCCUGCUCGCAGUGCGGCAAGAGCUUCAGCCGCAAGACCCAUCUGGCCCGGCACCAGCGCACCCACGGCGAAAUCGCUCAUCUGGACCCCAGCCUGUCAAGCCCAACCUGGCCUGUUCCUACAGUGCCUACCGCAACCUCACUUUUCCUCUAAAUGGAAUAGAGCCCGAUCCCUCCCCACCCAGGUAUCUGUCCAGCUCCUCAGCAUCCUCUCUCACCUAACUGCUGGUCAGAUCCCUUGUGGUUUUUACCUCCAUUUUCCUUCACUGUGACUGCUCUCCUUUGCUAUUGCUCAUCGGCUCCUGUGCUGGCUCCCUCCUUCGGACUCUUUGCCCUUCGCUUUUUCUCUAUUUCAUCUCUGUUUUCCCAGUCAGCCUCCUGCAGGUGCCCUACUCCCCCACCACUCUCUUCCUUUCUCUCCCGAGCUGCCAGAUGCUGGAAAGCUUGGAGAAUACCCCCGUCUGAAUAAGGAUAAUCGAGAGAGACCCUCUAUCAGAUUCAGGUCUGCAUCUGUAAAGUGAGAGGGUUCGACUGAAUGAACUUUAAGGUUCUUUUCUGCCUGGGACCUUCAAUGUGGAGCUUUGGGUGUUGGGAGAUGGAAGUGAGGUAACUGACUAAAGGAAAAUAGAGGGCCAGACUGAAACACAUGGGAAGACUGGGAAGGAACAAUUCCCUUCUAGCUGCUCUUCCAUGCCUUCUUCACCAUCCUUCAAAGCUGUAGGACUCUCUACUCCUCCUCAAAUGAUGGGUGUUCCAAGAUGAGGGGAGAAUAGUCACCUAUGUAUUUGAUGUGUUAUUAAAGAGAAAAUCUGAAAGCUUGA